AUGUCUGGGGUUGCUCGGAAUCAGGCACCGCGUCCUGCAAGGCCAGUAGGUCGUUACUGGAAGGGUAAAGCUCCCAAGGGAGCGGCAGAGCUACCUUCAUCCGACGAUGAGGACGCGGAAGAGCAGGAGGUCCAGGAGGAGGAGGAUGUCCCUAUGUCUGGUGAGCAGUUUCUCGGAAGGGAUAUCGAUGACGAGGGCGCGAUCGCCACGAGAAAGCCGGUGACCAAGAUGAGCGUCGCGUUGCGGGACGUGAACAUCUCAAAGGAGGGAAAGGUGCUUCUUGGCGGGCGAGAGGAGGUCAGGAAGACAGAGGGAGAGGACGAUGAAGAGGAUGAGGAAGAGAAUGAGGAUGAAGACGAGGAUGAGGAUGAGGAUGGUACGCAAACGGAUGGAAGCUCGUCACAAGAAUCGGAGGAAGAGGCACCUAAAGUACAGUUCCGACCUGUCUUUGUGCCGAAACGCGGUCGUGUCACAGUCUCUGAGAAAGAGGCCAUAGCUCUCGACAGCGAAGAGGCCACAAAGAAAAAAGAGCUGGAGGCAGAAGAGCGUCGAAAACAGAGCCAUGAUAUGGUCGCAGAUAGUAUUCGUCGGGAAUUAGCUGAAAAGCAAAAAGAAGACGAGGUUCCCGAAGUCGACGAUACGGACGGGCUCGAUCCGGUGGCGGAGUUCGAGGCAUGGCGUCUGCGUGAGCUUGCGCGGAUCAAGCGAGACAAGGAGGCGGAGGUGGCGCGUGAGCUGGAGCGCGAGGAGAUUGAGCGUCGACGUGCAAUGCCGGAGGAGCAGCGGAUGAAGGAGGAUCUAGAGCGCGCGCAGAAGCUGCGGGACGAGAAGCCCAAAGGCCAGCAGGUAUUUCUACAGAAAUAUUGGCACAAGGGUGCUUUCCAUCAGGAUCAAGAAAUAUUGAAGCGUCAUGACUUCACUGAGAAAACAGAGUCGACAGUUGACGUGUCGGCACUCCCAUCAGUCAUGCAGGUGAAGAACUUCGGGAAGCGUGGGCGGACAAAGUACACGCAUCUGUUGGACCAGGAUACCACAGCAGGGAAUGGGGGAUUUGGUGGUGCUGGAUCCGUCAAAGUCGGCGGAAAAGGCACGGAAGGGAACGGAUGCUUUCUUUGCGGAGGGCCGCAUCUCAAGAAAGAUUGCCCGCAAAAUACUGGACUGCCCCCGGGACGGCCUGGAACGGGCGCGAAUGCUGCUACACUGACGAACGCUAAGGGCGGAAGGGGGGAUAGCAAUAGAUAUGACGGGAGGGGGCAGGGUUGGAGAGGCGACAACAAGGGGAGGUCGCCCAGAAGAGAACAGGCCAGAGAUGGUGAGGACAUCGACAGGCGAUGGAAGGAGAAGCGAAGAUCGCGUUCACGGUCUAGAGAGCUAGGUGUGGUACAUGAACGAGAGAAGCGGCAGAGGGUGGAUUGA